UGUGGGUGUGGGUGUGUGUGUGUGUGUGUGUGUGUGUGUUUUCUCGUCUUUCCCUGCCGCGCCGUCACUCGUGACGCCACUUCCGGCGGGGUGGGAGCACCAUGUCUCUGCUGCGCGUGGAUGUGUUGGGGGGUCUUUGACAGGAGAGGCGGCGGCGGCACAGCGGGGAGAAAACGUGGGACGUGACCGGCGUCAGGGACAGUGGCCUCCCCCGCCCCCUUCACCUCUCUCGUCCUCUUCUUCUUCUACUUCUUCUUCUACUUCUCCACUCAACGACCCCGCGUGAGCCUAGCGAGGUUUUCCAACCCAGGGGAUGAUGGCUGCGUUGGACCGCGCUGUCCGCUCUAAGUCUCAUGUGUGACGGCGCCACCAGCACGCUCCUCCAUCACAAUGGUCGACAUAGAGAGCCACUACCAGCCCCCUUCUCCGCUGGAGGAUUCGGUGCUGGAUGGUCCCCUGUGUGGUGAUGACGAUUUCAUGGGCAGCAUGGAGGCGCUUCAGGACAUUCCCUCAUCCAUUGACGAGGAUGCCCUCAGCUCCCUCGACGUCCCGGAAUACCAAUCCUCCCACAACGGGUCUGAAGGUUCCAGUAUCCUAGACGCUUUGACACCGGCGUCCAGCCCGUCCUCCGUUGUUUGCGGGAUGGCUCCCACCCAGGAGGAGCUCUUGUCCUCCUCCUCUUCGCUCAAUCUGGAGUGCCGCGUGUGUUCUGACCGGGCCUCGGGUUACCACUACGGCGUUCACGCCUGCGAGGGCUGCAAGGGUUUCUUUCGGCGGACCAUCCGUCUGAAGCUGGAGUACGACAGAUGUAAGCGUCGCUGCAAGAUCCAAAAAAAGAACCGCAAUAAGUGCCAAUACUGCCGCUUCCAGAAGUGCCUGGCCGUGGGCAUGUCCCACAACGCCAUUCGAUUUGGCAGGAUGCCCCAGUCGGAGAAGCUGAAGCUCAAGGCGGAGAUGGUGACGGGGGAGAGGGAGGUGGUGAACCCCCAGCUCGCUGACCAGAAGACGCUGGCCAGGCAGAUAUACGAGGCCUACCUGAAGAACUUCAGCAUGAACAAGGCCAAGGCUCGGACCAUACUCACCGGAAAGACCAGCAACCCUCCGUUUGUGAUUCACGACAUGGAGACGCUGCAGCUGGCAGAGCAAACGCUGGUGGCCAAGAUGGUCGGCUCGGCGGGGGCCCUCAAGGACAGAGAGGCCGAGGUUCGGAUUUUCCACUGCUGCCAGUGCACGUCGGUGGAAACCGUCACGGAGCUCACCGAGUUCGCGAAGUCCGUGCCGGGCUUCUCGAGCCUGGACCUGAACGACCAGGUGACGCUCCUGAAGUACGGCGUGUACGAAGCGCUCUUCGCCAUGCUCGCCUCCAGCAUGAACAAAGACGGCCUCCUCGUGGCGUACGGCUCGGGGUUCAUCACCCGGGAGUUCCUCAAGAGCCUGCGGCGGCCGUUCAGCGACAUGAUGGAGCCCAAGUUCCAGUUUGCCAUGAAGUUCAACGCGCUGGAGCUGGACGACAGCGACAUGGCGCUGUUUGUCGCGGCCAUCAUCUGCUGCGGAGACCGACCGGGCCUGGUGAACGUGUCGCACAUAGAGGUGAUGCAGGAGAGCAUCGUCCACGUCCUCCAGCUCCACCUGCUGGCCAACCACCCCGACGACACCUUCCUGUUCCCCAAACUGCUGCAGAAACUGGCCGACCUCCGGCAGCUGGUCACGGAGCACGCGCAGCUAGUGCAGGAGAUCAAAAAGACGGAGGACACGUCCCUGCACCCGCUCCUACAGGAGAUCUAUAGAGACAUGUACUGAGGGACUGCAGCAACCGGCCGACGAACAGAAACAAAACCGUUCAGUGAAGACACGGAGCUCUCCGUUAAGCUAGGGUUCAACCACUUUGAGCCGUGUCGUCUCCGACGCGGCGGAAUUCGCUUGUGACCGGAAGGUCAGCUUGAAGGAACCCUUCUCUGGCGGAUGGUUCCUUCGGUUGGUCUGGCUUCUCACCACUCCUUUGCUUGGAACCUUCUAAGACAGAAAAAAAAAGAACUGGAUCAGAUGUGAAACACCGUCUGAUUAAAGCCACUUUGUAGAAAUCUGUGUAGAAUUUCUGACCAAACUCGGCUAUUAACCUACGGUGAGCCCUGAAAAGGAGGGAAGACGGGGAACUUAAUGAUUGCAGUUGUGCGUUUCGAAAAGAGGUUUUUAUACUGAAGUUAAAGAGCCAUAUAAUGUCAGCAUCAAUUAAACCACCUCGACCUGGCAGCGACUGAAGAAGCUAUUUGGGUUUAAAACAAUCCUGCUGCUUCAAAGCCUUCCAUGUUGUUCUUCAUACAACCGGACACAUCCCAGGAGUCGCCAAACGUACGAACGCAAUCGCAAGCUGAAUUGUGAUUACCGGGCUUUGACUUGAAAAUGCAUCUUGUUGCACAGAGGAAGCACAAACUUUCUGUGAUUUGUUCACAAAUGUCUGAGCCGUUUUCCUAACAAAAACGCACACUCAGAUGUUUGACACUCCGUCCCGCGCUGAACGCUCGUGGUUUAUGGUCCGACUCCAACUUGAGCCGCACUAGAAUCUUAACAGCAGCACGCCUAAAUAUAGAGAUUUAUGUUUUCUUUUACUUUGUGUCACAUUGCCUCAGCCAUAGCACCUCCCUCCCCCUGUUUUCUGUGUUUUCACAUUUUUGCUUAAUGUAGACUUUAUACAUGCACCCAAUCAGUUUAUCAGCAGUUUUUCAGCGGUUUGUAAACUAUUUCAUAUUUUUGAAAACCUGCCAAUACCGAUUUUUUUUUUUUUUUUUUUUGUCAACUGUUUAUAGAUUUUUAUGUUCAUAGAAGAGAUGCCAUUACAUCAGUUUUACUAUUAUUCUCAAAGAAGGACAAAAUGAUGACAGAGUUAACAUUUUAACUUGAUUUUAACUUUGUUUUAGCCAUUAGCAUGAUUAGCAUUAAGUGUAAACAGCGAUCUUUCUGCGUACUCCCUACAUAGUGUAGAUCCUUACCUCAACUCUGAGAUUUCCUAAACGUUGUUUCCUUUCACUUAAUUUCAAACUUAGCCUUUAGCUAACUCACCUUCGCUUAAAGAGUGUUGGCUUGUCCUGGUUGCGCUACCGUAUGAGUUUACUGUUCGGAAAAAGACCGGAGCCCGAUCGGCGGCGGUUUAGCCAAAAAUCAUCCAGUCCCAGUUGUAACCCAAUGUCUCAAUGCAUGUUUAUAAAAAGGCAACUCUCGCAUUUUGCUGUCAUCCAGCCAUUUGUAUGUGAAGAACAUGCUAGCUUAGACACCAGAAGGAAGGGAAAUAUCAACUUGGAUUUUGUAGCAUAAAAACAUACAUGCGGAAUAAUAUGAGAAGCAUAUGAUCAUCUGUUUAAUAUCCGCCCAUGAAAAACAAAACACCCCUAUAAAUAACCAUGAAAUUAUUUAGUGUACCUUGAUUUAAAAAAAACAACCACGUAAUUUUUGGUGAGGAUUGCGUGUCUUUUGACGCUGUGAUUUUACUAAACAGGACAGGCAAAGUUACCUCCAGCUCGUCACAAUUCAAAUUUGUGCAAGUAGUUUUAAUCUCUGUGUAGCUUCUGUCGGAUAAAGCAGUUCCAACAAGAUUUUACAUCAAAGUUUUCUUGGACAAAAAGAUGUUUUGUAGACAUUUUAUUUCUUUAAAGUGAAUUUGGACUAACAGCUUUGACUAGGAGACCUCCAACAAUCAGAGCAGGUUCUCUUCAGUCGUAUAAGAAAUCUUCAAAUGCAUGGUGUAUGGAAAGCAAUUAUGCACAAAAGUUUAACUCAAAUUAUUUGACUAUUUUACAGCUCUUUUCAACAUAUGUGCAGCUCUACUACUCUUAUAAUUAUUUUGGUGCUUUAAAAGUAACAUAAAUUGGAUUCAUCUUGUGGAACCUUUUUUCUGACUAUUGCAGCGUCAUUGUUUUUUGGGAGGGUUUUUUAAAAUCUUUUUUUCAUGCCCUAAUGACAUCGCAUUGUGUUUGUACAUAUCUAAUUGCAUUACCAUUUACCCCUACUAAAAGCUAAGUCUUGAAGUCACAUUAUGGUAAUAGACUGUGCACAUCCCUAAUUUUGCUAAAGACUUUUACGUUUAAAAAAUGUGCACUGCGUGUUCGUGUUGCUUUAAUGUUUCUGUUUUCACUUGAAUUAGAUCAUAUUUUUAUACUUAAGCACGUGUACGUACGACUAUAUCUGAUGACGUUUUAUUCAGAAGUGGCACGGGUCGAAAGUGUAAAUAGCGAUCGGAAUAUCCACAAAUCUGAACCCUGCUGGGGACAUUCCUUUGGUUUAAACCAUCAAAACUGUUGCUUCCAGCUGUUUGUCAUUUCGCAACUGAACCGAAUCCUUUUGACCUGAACCGAAGGCGGCUUCGGACUGUUCCGGCUUAUAACGUCUUGUGAUUGGUAAAAGCUCGACUCCGUCGUCUCUGACUAUAGUUUAAUGAUAAGGAGAUAUCUUGUUAAUGUUUAGCUACGAUAUAGUAUUGAUCAUACGUUGAAAUAGCGUGUCUUUUGAUACUGCUUUCUCAGGUUGCACAUCAGAAUACAAAUAGAGAUAAUAUAUGCACAGAGAUUUUUUUAUCAAUAUCAAAUGCUCCUUAGCAGCCUCAACUGCAAAAUGGUUUGUCUUUUAAUUUUUUGGUUUUGUUUGUUUUGACAGAUUGAAUCUCUGUUUGCUAUCAGAGAGUCUAAAUGCACUCAUAAUUAGCCGUCACGUCAAAUGCUAUCAGAGUAUAGAUGAUGCAGUAAUGUAAAUUUAGAACAGAUUGCUUUCCAAGCUCGUUUCUGUCUGACUUUUCUCUCCAGACUUGCUGCUAUGUUGUACUAAAUCAAACAUGAGCUCUGCCACGGAUAGUUUACCAACCUCCAAGCUGCCUCUAACUUACUCACUCAGAGUUGAAACCAGAUAUUUCCAUAAACCUUCAGUUAAUUAAUUUUUUUCUUCUUUUUGCCUCGUUGUUUUGACAUCCCAUCAAACUAAUUUCACCAAACUAAACUUUUUUGUUUUAGGCCAGUUAAGAUUGCUCAAAAUUAUUUCUACUUGCUAAAUACCAGAAUAAUUAUUAAAAUUCUGACGUUUGCAUACAUUUUAGUAUUUGACGGUCACCUUUACAACUGUAUGAACUUUAAUAUUUACCCACAAACUUUCUGUAGGAGCGAGAUCACUGCUUUAUGAUGGCCACCGUAAUAAAAGUAACUUUUCACAUUUAUUUUGUGGGUAUGCUGAGAUUGUCAUUGUCCAUAUUUACUUCAGCAUCUCCACAUAAUGUUUUUAUUUUCUCACUAUGUCAUCUUUUCUGUUAAGCGCACCAGUCCCUCCUGAAGCAAAACAGUCACACAAACUAAUACUGCCAACGCCGUGCUUCACAGUUGGGAUGGUGUUCUCAUCCCACUUUUGCCUCCAAACGUAGCAAUGAUCAUUAUGGUCAAACAUUUCAAUGUUUGCUUCAACAGAUCAACAUGUCACCCGCAGGUAUUUAUCCCUGAGUUCAUCUGCAAACAAUUAUCUGGCAUUUUAAGUAAUGGUUUCUUCGUCUCCGAGGGGCCUUUCAGCCCACAAUCGACUUGUUUAAUCGUACCAGCUUCAGCUAGCAUCUUUCAUACCAAAACACGUUCGUCUCUAGGAAAUGCGUCUCCUACCUUGACUAUAUCGGCUGGAUGUUGUUUAUGCCUUCAUAUAAUUAUUUAAGCAGAUGGUACAUCUGGAGAUUCUACCCAAGGAUUUACAAGAUAUGUUGGCAAUCACAAUCUUUUUCCUGAUUUUUUUUUUUCUUUUUUAAUCAUAGAAUGAUGUCACACAAGGAAGAAGUGCGUUUGAGGUGUUGUCUUAAAAUAUAUCCACAGAUAGGGCUUUACUUAAAUAUUGUGAAUUACCUAUCAGAAGCUUACAAAGCAAAAAACAAUCUCAUCUUGGUCUUCUCCCAGUGGCAUAAAGGCAAAGAAAACAGUUUGGAUUUCAAGAAACAAAUACUUUUCUCAGAUUAAAAGAUCUUACUCGUGAUUCUAGAGUUAAGCAAAUGGAAAUAAUGUUUGUAAUCUUAACUGAUUUGCAACAGAAAAAAACUGAUUUAAUGUCAAACAGGGGAAAAAAAAAUUUCUUUCAGAGUAUGUACAUAUCUGGCUUCAACUGUAUAUCUUGUCUCAGAUUGCAAAGAAUUCUCCCAACGCAGCUCAGUUUUUCACCUUGCAGCUCAUGCUUGGCGAUCAACUACCAACAAUAUGUGCCUUGGUGUGUGUGUGUGUGUGUGUGUGUGUGUGUGUGUGUGUGUGUGUGUGUGUGUGUGUGUGUGUGUGUGUGUGUGUGGGUGUGUGUGUGGACGUGUACAUGCCAAUGUCGAAGACUCGCGUGAUUGAAAAAUUGUAAACCACUGACCUGUUCAUGUGAUCUAAUGGAAACCUAUAGAAUGGUGCGUCGUGUGAUCGGAUUUUUCAACAGAAAUUGAUCGUCAGUCAAUGAAAAUGAAGGAUUUGCUCAAAAGGGUUUUUAAAAGCGAAACUGAAAAUGAAUGAAACACUACAAAAAGGCCCAAGAGGUGAAGCUGGUUUACUCUUGGGGGCGUUUUGUUUGAUGUAGAAUUGACAAGGGACUUUUUAACUUGUAUCAGGGAUUUUUAGUCUUCCUUUUUGCACUAGCUCAGGAUAUAGAAAGGUACUAUUUCUCCGUCCCUGUUUCUCUUAUUCAAUCUAAUACAGUAAGUCUGUGCUGCUCUGCUCUGGAGCACAUAAACAGAAGCAACAAUACAGAAAAAUUGUAAUCUUUUCUUUUCCAGUAUAUACAGAUUAUUAUUUUCCAGGGGCAGCAGUCAUAGGAAUUAGGGUUUUUUGUGACCUUCAACUUGUUUAUUUCUUUAUUUUUGCAGCUCUAGUCUAGUCCAGAGACAGAAAGCAUCUUUGGAUGUAUUGUCCGUGUGCUUUGUGGCUCGGAUAAUAAUACUGUAAAUGUUUGAAUGUACUGAAUAUUUAGUCAUGCUUAGUUAGUCCUUUGCAAAAAAAAGCAAAUUGACAUUGAAUGAAUUAAAAAAAAUAAAAUAAAAUGAUUUUGAAAUCCUCUA